AGUCCAAACAAUUCAAUGAAUUAUUGCUUAUCUAUUUGAGACAACGCAUUGAAUGCCAACUAUUAUUGAAGUAGAGACUCAGACGCCAUUAUAGCAGCUUCAAGCUCUUGCCAUUGCAUUUCUCAUUCUACCAUUACCACUAUCACUAUCACGCAUCCCUCUCUUUCUCUCCCUUUCGUCUUACUUUACAGAAAUAUAGCAUGUACUUCCCGUGUGUCUAUAUCAUCGCUGCUAUUCUAGAAUCUACGAGAUCGUCGUGAUUUUUGAGAGACUUCUUCGAGGAAUCGCGAUUUUUUGAACUUAAUUCAGUUAUUUAUCUGUCUGAUUGAUGGAUCAUCGUCAGCCUGAAAGUGAUUACGUUGAUGGAGGAGGAGACAUAGAGAACGACGGAAGAGGCAGCGAUGCUUCGUCGUUUACGGAGGCGAGGGAACCGUUGUUGAAUCUCAAGAGUAGAAUCAAUACCACCUCUCAGAUUGCUAUUGUUGGCGCCAAGGUGUAUCCAAUCGAAAGCCUCGAUUACGAGAUGAUUGAGAAUGAUCUCUUUAAGCAGGAUUGGAGAUCUAGGAAACGAGUUCAGAUUUUUCAGUAUAUUUUUCUCAAAUGGACACUGGCUCUUCUCAUAGGAUUGUGCACAGGACUUGUUGGUUUCUUAAAUAACAUGGCGGUUGAGAAUAUUGCUGGUUACAAGCUUGUGAUCACUAGCGAUUUGAUGUUUAAUGAUAAGUAUCUCCCGGCAUUUGCUGCAUUUGCUGGUACUAAUGUGAUUCUGGCUAUUUGUGCUGGGGCGCUAUGUGCGUAUAUUGCCCCUGCUGCAGCUGGUUCUGGCAUACCAGAAGUGAAAGCCUAUCUUAACGGCAUUGACGCUCAUUCCAUCCUCGCUCCAAGUACCCUAUUUGUGAAGAUUUUUGGUUCCAUCCUGGGAGUUUCUGCUGGAUUGGUUGUUGGUAAGGAAGGACCAAUGGUACAUACCGGUGCCUGCAUAGCAAAUUUACUUGGGCAAGGAGGUUCUCGAAAAUACCGUUUAACUUGGAAGUGGCUCAGAUACUUCAAAAAUGAUAGAGACCGAAGGGAUUUGAUUACUUGUGGGGCUGCUGCUGGUGUGGCUGCAGCUUUUCGCGCCCCAGUUGGUGGUGUGCUUUUUGCCCUUGAAGAAGCUGCCUCUUGGUGGCGGAGUGCUCUACUUUGGAGGACCUUCUUCACAACUGCUAUUGUAGCUGUUGUAUUAAGAAGUCUCAUAAACUUUUGCCGCGGUGGCAAUUGUGGACUCUUCGGACAAGGAGGACUCAUUAUGUUUGAAAUGCAUUCUGCAAUUCCUAAUUAUACCAAUGCAGAUCUGCUCGCAGUUGUACUAAUUGGAGUUCUUGGAGGUCUUUUGGGAAGCCUAUACAAUUUUUUUGUGGACAAAGUCUUGAGAGCAUAUACCUUGGUUAACGAGAGAGGCCCUUCUUACAGAGUCCUACUUGCCGCAGUUAUUACCCUUCUGACAUCCUGUUUCGCCUUCGGCCUGCCAUGGUUGGCAAAGUGCAUACCAUGCCCUAGUGGCUCCGAGAAAGAGUGCCCGACAAUUGGUCGCUCUGGAAACUACAAGAGCUUCCAAUGUCAGCCUGGACACUACAAUGAUCUGGCAUCCCUUUUUCUCAACACCAGCGAUGAUGCCAUCCGUAACCUGUUGAGUUCGACAAACAGAAACGAGUUUGAAAUCUCCUCACUGAUCAUUUUCUUUGCUGGAACAUAUUUCCUAGGAAUUGUUACUUAUGGCAUUGCUAUCCCAUCUGGGCUUUUCAUUCCUGUCAUACUUGCUGGAGCCACGUACGGGCGCCUUGUUGGAAGACUCUUGGGUUCUUUGUCUACCCUUGACCUCGGCCUCUUCUCCGUUCUGGGAGCUGCUUCUUUCCUCGGUGGCACCAUGAGGAUGACAGUGUCUCUUUGUGUCAUACUCCUGGAGCUUACCAACAAUCUACUGAUGCUCCCCUUGAUAAUGCUUGUCCUCCUCAUAUCGAAAACAGUGGCGGACAGUUUCAACCACGGGGUCUACGACCAAAUUGUGCAGAUGAAGGGGUUGCCCUACUUGGAAGCCCAUGCAGAGCCAUACAUGAAGCACCUGGCUGCUGGGGACGUUUGCUCCGGUCCAUUGAUCACCUUCUCUGGUGUUGAGAAGGUUGGGAACAUAAUGCAUGCUCUGGAGACGACCGGACACAAUGGGUUUCCAGUGAUCGACGAGCCUCCAUUCACGGAUGCACCGGAACUGUGUGGCCUUGUGCUGAGGUCUCAUCUACUGGUGCUGCUCAACCAGAAGAAGUUCACCAAGAACAGGGCGGUGUGUGGAGGGCAAGUUUUGAGGAUGUAUGACGCCUUCGACUUUGCUAAGCCUGGGUUGGGGAAGGGGCUUAAAGUGAGCGACAUCGACUUGACCCCGGAGGAAAUGGAGAUGUAUGUUGAUCUCCAUCCGAUUACCAACUCAUCCCCCUACAUGGUUGUAGAGACCAUGUCUCUUGCCAAAGCUGCCAUCCUCUUUCGACAACUCGCCCUCCGACACUUGUGCGUUAUCCCCAAAACGCCCGGGAGACAUCCGGUGGUCGGAAUCUUGACAAGGCACGAUUUUAUGCCGGAGCAUGUAUUGGGGCUCUACCCUGAGCUUCUUCACCACAAAUAGACAGCCUUUAAGGUUCGGUUGUGAAAAACAUGCCAGUUUCUGAGAGACUUAUUUAUUUGAUUGCUUCAUAUUUUGGGUAAUGUGUAUUUGUGAUGAAGGUAAAUGUUGUAUAAACCAGGCCAUACCAAUAAUCGACUCCCAAGUUAGGAUAAGAGUCGUACGUUUAUAUGUAUAUGUAUAUGUAUAUGUAUAAUUUAUAUGUAUAUGUAUAGUUUGGAUACACGUCCAGUUCAACUAAGAGAACAAAUUAUGGCGGA